AGGCCGGUGGCGGUGGCGGGCACAGCCGGACGCUUCGGAGGCAGCGCGGAGCUGGGGUCGGCGCGGGGCGGAGGCAGGAGAGCGAGAGGGGCCCCUGCUCGGGAGUCGGGGGUGGGAGCCCCGAGGGGGGGCCCUGGCCUGGAGCUGAGCCUGGCGCGGACCCGACCGGGAAGGCCCUGGGAGCCGGGGGGAGGGAGGCGGACUGACCCCGAAGGGGCGCAGCGUCUCUUUCGGGUCGUGGUUGGCCUUUGAACCCUAGGGGGACUCAGUCCCGGUUUUCUGAGCCGCAGUGCGGACCACAGCCCCAUAGUGUGAGCCCCGGGAGGGCCCCCCGGUCCCAUCUGCCCCAGCCCUUGGGGAGGCCCCGCAGCCUCCGUCUCUGGACUCCACUCUGUCUUCCAGCCACCGGCUCCUUUCCCAGGCUCAGUAGAGACCUCGGAUCUUUUCUGAAUGGCAGGGGAGACCCCUAUCCCCUUUUCCUGAAUUCCAGCGAGGCCCAGUACUCUUCUGAGCCCCAGCCAGGGCUCUGUUCUUCUCCUUCUGUGGAUGCCGGGGUCCUACCGCCUCUCUUGAGACCUGGAUUGAAUUCUGACCUCCCCUUGGGAGCUUCCCGGGACCCCAGGUCUUCCUUUUCCGAAUCCCAGAGGGUCCCCAAGUCCUCUCUUCUCAAACUCUGAGCCCAAGGGAACCCCGGCCACAUCUCCUCCAAACACACAGAGGACCUCAGGUCCCUUCCUGGGUACCCCAAACUCUUAGCCCUAGUGGGGUGCUCAGAUCUCUCAGGAAAACCAGUUUCCCUUUUGUCAACCCCCCAGCGGGGACCCCAAAGCAGCCCCUUGGAGCUGCAGGGAGCUUCAGCGGGCACCAGUUCUCAUUCCUCUGGAGCUCUUGGGGGGACUUCCUCCUGGGAACCCGAAUUCUAUCUCUAAGCCUCGGGGUGGGGGCCUUGCUUUUCCUCUGGGCCCCAUCUUCUUUGCCAAGUUCUUGAGGGCAACCUAGACCCUCCUCUGAACCCCAGAGGCUUCCCCAGCCCCGGGGAUCGUUUUUCUCUUCUGAACCCCAGAAGCAAUCUCGACUUUCCCAUUUGAGAUUCCAGAGAGGAUUCGGCUCUCCCUCUUUCAUACCCAGGGGAAACUGAGUCCCUCACCCCCUUCAAGACCCCAGGCCGCUCCUCGCUCCCGCCCCUCGAGGCCCCUCGUCGGCUCUGCCUCCUCCCCCUUCUCGACCCCCACCGGCCGUAAGAUGAUGAUGUGGUCCAACUUCUUCCUGCAAGAGGAAAACCGGCGGCGGGGGGCCGCGGGCCGGCGGCGGGCGCACGGGCAGCGCAGGUCGGGGCUGACGCCCGAGCGCGAGGGGAAGGUGAAGCUGGCGCUGCUGCUGGCCGCCGUGGGCGCCACGCUGGCGGUGCUGUCCGUGGGCACCGAGUUCUGGGUGGAGCUCAACACCUACAAGGCCAACGGCAGCUCCGUGUGCGAAGCGGCCCACCUGGGGCUGUGGAAGGUGUGCACCAAGCGGCUGUGGCAGGCGGACGUGCCCGCGGACAGGGACACCUGCGGCCCCGCGGAGCUGCCCGGAGAAGCAAACUGCACCUAUUUUAAAUUCUUCACCACGGAGGAGAAUGCACGCAUCUUUCAGAGAACCACAAAGAAAGAGGUGAAUCUGGCAGCUGCGGUGAUAGCAGUGCUGGGCCUGGCAGUCAUGGCCUUGGGGUGCCUCUGUAUCAUCAUGGUGCUCAGUAAAGGUGCAGAGUUCCUGCUCCGAGUUGGAGCCAUCUGCUUUGGCCUCUCAGGCCUGCUGCUCUUGGUGAGCCUGGAGGUGUUCCGGCAUUCCGUGAGGGCCCUGCUGCAGAGAGUCAGCCCGGAGCCUCCCCCAGCCCCACGCCUCACCUACGAGUACUCCUGGUCCCUGGGCUGCGGCGUGGGGGCCGGCCUGAUCCUGCUGUUGGGGGCCGGCUGCUUUCUGCUCCUCACACUGCCUUCCUGGCCCUGGGGGUCCCUCUGUCCCAAGCAGGGACACCGGGCCACCUAGAGCCACACGUGAGACUUCUCUAAGCAACCACCAAGCCCUUUGACCUUCUCCAUUGUACCCCCAAGAUCUUUUUGCCCCAUCUCCUAGAGAAACUGUGUUCUUCCUGCUCGGGGGCCCAUGUUUUUUUACACACCUGCCUCCUGUCCCCUUAUGCUUUCUCCCUCUGUAAAUACGUUUUUCUCGGUGGCUAUAUGUGGGUUGCUUGGGGGUGGGAUGGGAAGAGGCUCUUUGCAAACGAGGGUCCCCAGGGAAGACUGGCGGGGACCUGAUGGGGUAGCUGGGGUGUGGGGUGGGGGGAUGAGGUCAGGGGGUCUUGGGUGAGAGUUGGGGGCCCCUUCAUUUCCCAGGUCUGGAUCGAUUCACUUGCCCGGAGAGACUUUAUACAACUCAUCUGUAGCUCAGGCUGGGGUUGGGGGAGAUAGGGAAGGGUCUGACCUGGCUGUGAUCUGAUUUGGGAUUAAAGGUUUGGAAAUUUAA